GCGCUCUGUGACUCCCGCCCAUCUCACCGCUGGUACUCUCUCCACGCCGCCGCCCGACACUGCAGCACCUCGGGAGGAGGCGCAGGCGGAGGAGGGGUUGGAGGACCGCAGCUUGCAAGCCGGGAGCCACUUUCCCGCUCCUCCUCUCGCCGCUGACACGCUUGGAGGAGUCACCACUCCGCGCGCUGCAGGCGAGUGGCAGACGGAGGCGGCCCGGGGAAGCGAGCCGGAGCGACGCCCGCGCGACAGCGGCUGCAGCGCUUACAGCACCCAAGGCACGGGUCCCCGGCGGCUGGGGCGUUCCGUUUUGAACCCCAAGUGGAUGAUGCUGUUAGGACUGAACGAUUGACCAGAGUCUGUGCAAAAUUCCCACCUAUUCAUUGGCCAUCAGUUGAGAGAAGAUGGAAGACUCUUACAAGGAUAGGACUUCACUGGUGAAGGGUGCCAAGGACAUUGCCAAAGAGGUGAAGAAAAAGACAGUGAAGAAGGUGAAUCAAGCAGUGGACCGGGCCCAGGAUGAAUACACCCAGAGGUCCUACAGUCGGUUUCAGGACGAAGAAGAGGACGAUGACUAUUACCCGCCUGGAGAAACCUAUGAUGGGGGCGCCAAUGAUGAUGAAGGCUCCAGUGAAGCUACCGAAGGUCAUGAUGAAGACGAUGAAAUCUACGAAGGGGAGUAUCAGGGCAUCCCCAGUGUGAACCAAGGGAAAGACAGCAUUGUGUCAGUGGGGCAGCCCAAGGGUGAUGAGUACAAGGACCGCCAGGAGCUGGAGUCAGAGAGGAAAGCUGAUGAGGAAGAACUAGCCCAGCAGUAUGAGCUGAUAAUCCAAGAGUGUGGUCAUGGCCGCUUUCAAUGGGCUCUUUUCUUUGUCCUGGGCAUGGCCCUUAUGGCGGACGGUGUAGAGGUGUUUGUAGUUGGCUUCGUGUUGCCCAGCGCUGAGACAGACUUAUGCAUACCAAAUUCAGGAUCCGGAUGGCUAGGCAGCAUAGUGUACCUCGGGAUGAUGGUGGGGGCGUUCUUCUGGGGAGGACUGGCAGACAAAGUGGGGAGGAAGCAGUCUCUUCUGAUCUGCAUGUCUGUCAACGGAUUCUUUGCCUUCCUUUCUUCAUUUGUCCAAGGCUAUGGCUUCUUUCUCUUCUGUCGCUUACUUUCUGGAUUCGGGAUUGGAGGAGCCAUUCCCAUUGUGUUCUCCUACUUUGCUGAAGUGCUGGCCCGGGAGAAGCGGGGUGAGCACCUGAGCUGGCUCUGCAUGUUCUGGAUGAUCGGCGGCAUCUACGCCUCUGCCAUGGCCUGGGCCAUCAUCCCUCACUACGGAUGGAGCUUCAGCAUGGGAUCAGCCUACCAGUUUCACAGUUGGCGUGUCUUUGUGAUCGUCUGCGCGCUCCCCUGUGUCUCCUCAGUGGUGGCCCUCACGUUCAUGCCUGAAAGCCCACGGUUCUUGUUGGAGGUUGGAAAACAUGAUGAAGCUUGGAUGAUUCUGAAGUUAAUUCACGACACAAACAUGAGAGCACGUGGUCAGCCUGAGAAGGUCUUCACGGUAAACAGAAUCAAAACCCCAAAACAAAUAGAUGAGCUGAUUGAAAUUGAGAGUGACACAGGAACGUGGUACAGAAGGUGUUUUGUUCGGGUCCGCACAGAACUGUAUGGAAUUUGGUUGACUUUUAUGAGAUGUUUCAACUACCCAGUCAGGGAAAAUACAAUAAAGCUUACAAUUGUUUGGUUCACCCUGUCCUUUGGGUACUAUGGAUUAUCUGUUUGGUUCCCUGAUGUCAUUAAACAUCUGCAAUCAGACGAAUAUGCACUACUAAUUAGAACUGUGCCAAGAGAGAAAUAUGCAAAUUUCAGUAUUAACUUUACAAUGGAAAAUCAAAUUCAUACUGGAAUGGAAUACUACAAUGGCAGAUUCCUAGGGGUCAAGUUCAAAUCUGUAACAUUCAAAGAUUCAGUUUUUAAGGCCUGCACCUUUGAGGAUGUGACUUCGGUCAACACCUACUUCAAGAACUGCACUUUUAUUGAUACCGUUUUUGACAACACAGAUUUUGAGCAAUAUAAAUUCAUUGACAGCGAUUUUCAAAACUGUUCAUUUUUUCACAAUAAAACGGGAUGCCAGAUUACCUUUGAUGAUGACUAUAGUGCCUACUGGAUUUAUUUUGUCAACUUUCUGGGAACGUUGGCAGUGUUGCCAGGGAACAUUGUGUCUGCUCUCCUGAUGGACAGAAUCGGGCGCUUAACGAUGCUAGGUGGCUCUAUGGUGCUUUCAGGGAUCAGCUGUUUCUUCCUUUGGUUUGGCACCAGCGAAUCCAUGAUGAUAGGUAUGCUGUGUCUGUACAACGGAUUGACCAUCUCAGCCUGGAACUCUCUUGAUGUGGUCACUGUGGAACUGUACCCCACAGACCGGAGGGCAACAGGCUUUGGCUUCUUGAAUGCACUCUGCAAAGCUGCCGCCGUCCUUGGGAACUUGAUAUUCGGCUCCCUAGUCAGCAUCACCAAAGCCAUCCCCAUCCUGCUGGCCUCCACUGUGCUCGUGUGUGGGGGACUGGUGGGGUUGCGCCUGCCCGACACACAAACCCAGGUCCUGAUGUAAUGGGAAACAAGCCAUCCAUCCUGUGGUUGUUCCUCCUGCCCUUUCUGUGUCAACUUUCCUGACUGACUCAAGGCUUCAGAUUUUUCGGAUAUAGAAAGGUGGUCAAAUAUCAGAACACUAACUCUUGCUGUGACUACAAUUUAGAUGCAUACCAUCUUGCUCCUUCAAUGUGACUUUGCACAGGUUUUGGGUUUGGAUUGUUUUUCUUAUGCAUUGUUACCUUUCCUCACUGUGAUGUUCCUGCCUCCUAAAAAUCAGUGGAAGCGUUUUUUAAAUGUCCUAGUAAGCUGGGCCUCCCUGGGAUUCUGCUCCCUGGAGGUUUAGAAGCUAAGAAGAGGACGGUGAUGCUGUAAGAAAUAGAUCCUGCCUCUAGUUCAACAUUCACAGGAAAUAUAAGUUGACAGAUUAUUGCUUUUGUGCUGAGGAGAGGGAUUCUAACUUUUCUUUCUUUCUUUCUUUCUUUUUUUUUUUCAAACAGAGUGAUAUUUCCUGUUUACGUAGAAAAGGACACCUAGCAAUUCUCGCUGUUACAGCAGGGUACCACAAAGAAAACUGUGUGGUACCAAUCAGAGCUGGGUGGGGCUCUUUCAGGCAUGACAAUUAAGGUGACUCUGCUGACAAGAAAAAUAAAGGCUCAGCAGUUAGCAGCAAAAAUCUCAGUGAGUUGAAUAAGCAAGAUUUCUGCCAGAAAGCCUAAUUAAACUUAUGUGGUUCAGAAUGUUGAAAAAUCAGAGAUCAGAGAGAGAUCUUGGGCUUCCAUUUACCUCUCCCUAGCCCACCCCCCAUCCACCCCUAGCUGCCAUUGACCUUGUCAGAAAGCAGAUGCAAGGAAAGAAAGUCACUUUCUAAAAAGUAGGUCUGCCUACCUGAUCCUGCCAGUCAUCUAAACUGUCUCUAGUCUAGAGAUUGUCAGUCAUCUAAGUUGUAAAUUGCAGGUUAGGAAGACAUUCCCACCUAAAGCCAUUUGAAAAUGCAAAAUAAUACCUUGAGGGCGCCACUUUCCUGAGGAACAGUAACCCCAGUAGUUGACAUUGGACUUUCUAUAGCUGGUAUCACUGAAGCGGGUCCCAUUCCUCUAUCUUCCACUGGGCUGGGGCACUAGUCAAUGUGUUCCUGGCUGCUGGCUCUGUGUGAAAUCACAGUCUGCCAUACUCCAAGGGGCCCUCUGGCAGACAAGGCAGCGUCUCCUGGUGGUUUGGGGUUGCUCAUUUUAUCUAGGGAAUCUGCCUGGUCUUGGAGGAGAGAGGUCAGCAGGACAUUCCCACAGGCUGUCAGCUACUGUGACCUUCUCAACCCUUUGGGCCUGCCCCUCCUCCAAGCUUGUCCUUUUUACUCAUCUUCUUUGAAAUCUGAAGCCUCCUUCUAGACUUGCAGCAAUGACCAGCAGCCAGGAAUAAAUCCCAUAUUAAAACAAUAUUCCUUUUUUAACUCUCUGUGUCUUGUGAGAGGGUUAUCCUUGUUACUUAUUAUAGUCAUUUCCAGCAGGCCUCAGCCCUGGGGCCUCGCUAAGGAGAGCCUUUGUUUCCAAUAGUCAUUACAGUCAAAGAUGUCUUAACCCCAGAGGCGGCUCUGCCUCCCUCUUCUCUUCCUAAUGAUCCUCCUAGAACUCCAGACGGCAGAGUUCAGACUCAGUGAAAAGCUUCUUUCAUGAACCUAAGCCAUUAAUCGACUCCCCCUUGAAGUAAUUCAGGUCUGUAGGAGGGCAGCCUGGGGUUGGGGCUGUCAGGAAGAGGGUGGUUCCCUGGGGAUAUGAACUGAGGGCCCGAACAUCAGGAAAACUCAAACCAAAAACUGCAAAGGUGGCUGGCAGAAGGAAAAUCAAUAAAGACUAGAUGAGAUCUAUUAGACCGAUAUUCACAAAGCAGGGAAAGAAACAGAACAUACUCUCACAUCUGCCUGAUGUAAUAUAGUUGGAGAACAAAGCCAGCAGUCAGAAACCAAGGAAGUGCCCUGUAUAUUAUUCUUCUUCCAUAUGGAUUCAUGUCUCCACCUCUCUACCCCUUGAUUUAUCUUCUUAAAAAAGACGUAUUUGGGGACCUGAGUGGGCUUUUUUUAGUUGGACAUAGCACGUGCAGUAAUAACUGCAGAAGUAUAAUGUGUAUCUCCGUUGAUCCAUUUCAAAAGGAAAAUAGAAAUGUGUACAGAUGUUAUGGUCUCUAGUCUCCCGUGAUAGCAAACUUUGCUUCCUGGGCUAGCUUUACCUUUACAAAUGCCUCCAAUGUCUGUUGUAGCUCUAAAUUCAUAAACCACCUCCCAAGCAAUGGAGCCCAGUUUACACAGAAUUUUAUUUGAAUGCUGGAUUGGGUCAGAAUAGGAUAAGCCAGCAGAACCCCACUUCAUGAGACCUACUACCAUGCAUCCCCUGCAGAGGGGCCUUUCUUGGCCUUCUUGACACCUAAUCCAAGCCUCCCAGGUGGCCCAAGAGGGAUCUAUUCUAAUCUCCUGGACAGUCUGUGGUCACAAACCUUCUUGGUCACCACCUUUUCCACCUUUUGUACAGUUUCCUCUGCCUCGCUCACAUUGUGCCCAUCACCUGGAUUUUCUAUGAGAGCUCAAGUUCUCCCCCAAGUAUGUGGUGUGGCCUGUCUGGCUUGUUCUGGGGUUAGCUGGAUUAAGAUAUAGCCAUGCAAUUAAACAGAAACUCUCAGUUCUAUCAAUACAGGAAGCAGCUGGCACAGGGACAUACCCCCAGCAUCGCAUUUCAGGUACGGAAGGAGGAAAAUGAGAGGAUGUGAAAAAGAGAAAGCCUAAGAAACAGUGCCACUUGCUCCUAUAUUUCUAACUCAUUUUCUAUCUAAAAUUUCUUCAUAGCUCUUUGGGACCAAUCCAGAAUCCUUCCAAAUCCUACUGUUAUCACUGGGUCCUCUCAGCAGGUAAAAACCCUAGCUGCUCCAGACUGUAAAUCCCAUACCAUGUUACACCCCCAAGUGAUGGAUCUUACCACACCCAGCUCCCAUGCAACCCUCUGCCUUGGAAGCCAAACCCAGGUCAUCUUACAUCCAGAGUGCUGACCCUAAAAGAUAAGAAUAGAUGGGUCUUAGCCCAAGCUCCACCACUAACCAACAAUGAGACCCAGAUCCCGCAGGGGAGAAUGUUAGUCAUGGAAACAUGUCUGGUCCUCAGUUUCCCUGUCUGUAAAGGAUUGGGACUAGUUUGUUACCGGGACUAGUCCAAGACUCUAGAGGAUCUCCAUGAAAAUCGCUUCAUCUGAUUAUCUACCUUUUGAUGCUAAACUCAUCUUUAUAAGCACCAAGCAGGUUCAGUUUAGAAACUGAAAAAUUAGGAACUAGGCACGUGUACAAGAGCUCAGGAAGUUGUUUUGGAAGCCCCUAGGGGCCAGAGAAUAUAGUUCCCAUGUUGUUUGUGCUGUCAGCUUCUUAAGAUCCCCAGCAUUAUCUCAAUUCAAAGCUAGUUGGACAGUUAUCAUUGCCUGUCCAGGAAAGCGACCCACACUGCCAGAUAGACACUGUUAGGAAACUAUCUGAUCAAAAUACUGUCGCAAAGGCUGUAUCCUAUAGCUCUCCUGACUGUUUACUCCACUGAAGUCUUUAAACAGGGUCUUAAGUAGACCUAGGCCUUCAGAGUUUUUAAGUGAUUUUACCUAAGUUGGCAGUUUCAUUUACAAAUCUUACCAAAUCAGAGUUCAGGUUUGCACCAAAAACUGCUUAGCUGCUUUUCUGGAUGUCUUGAGAUAUCAAGAGAGAGGUAGGUGGGAAAAGAAAUAUAGUGACAGAGGGAGAGUCUAAGAUGUCAUUGCAAAGGUUCCAGCGAAGAGAUUAGGGUACAAUUUUUAGACGUUCUAAACCCUGGUAUCAUUUCAAAAGCAUUCCUUAGGAAUAUCUUCUGAUUCCCUCUGCCAAGCCAAAUAGAAUAUGAUAUUCUCCAAUUGUUUUCUAGUCAAUAUCAAAAUGGCCUUUACGUAGUUUUUCAGUAAAACACAUCACCUGUUCAUGCAUUAAAGGCUCUGAAAUCAGGAAUGUCUGAAUUUGGCCUUCACCUGGUAUCAUAGAAAUAUAACUGGUUGGUUAUUUAGGUGCAUGUUGGCUAUAUAUUUGGUUUUCCUUUCCCCUAUAUUAUGCUGAACUUAGUCCAGUUACCCAGCCUACACAAACACCAGUCAUGUUGCAACAACCAAAGCAAUCUACCCAGUAGGGCACUCAGAAAUGGACUAUACAGUCCUUACAGUCUUUGUUUCUGCCAAGCAAAGUGUGUUUUGAGUCAAGCUUCUCUCAUUAUCUGCGUAAUGUAGACAAAAGAAAAUUACUGGUACCUCCUAGAUGUAUUGUGUAUCCCUUCAUUGUUUCAGGUGGGGCGUGACAGCUCUCUGUGUGUAAUGCCUUUAGCUCUAAGCAGUGGUAGUGUCUCACCAACCAGCUACAGCCAUUGCCAGGGCUUUCUUCGGUCUUCCUCAAACAAUAUCUAAGCCCAGUUUUGUAAUCCCAGAAUUCUGAGUUACAAGGAUGCAGUUCGUGGAUGUUUAAGGCUCACAGGGCUGGGUGGGGGAAGGAACUUGGCAGAGCAUUCGCUUAUCUCUUGUCAUCUCAUGUGAUUAUUCAACAAAUAUUUAUUGAGCACCUCCCAUGGAGGCACUGCUGCAUGGAGAUAAUUAACCCUUUGCAGGACUUAAAUGAUGUCAGGACAAACAGGGAGUGAAAGAGAAAACAUCUGUAACGGGGGUCUUAUAUUGGCCCCAUUACAUGUUGAGAUGCUCUCCCCAUAAACACAAAGCGUUAUUUCCCCAAAUUUAAAAGAAGUAAUCACCUACAGAGGGCAAUGCAGAGAUUCCUUGGAAAUCGGGAAUAUCUUUGACAGGAGGAGAAAGUCCCUCAAUGGCUUCGUCUUUGUCGGAGGGACUACUAACUAGCACUUAGGCAACGAGAAAAAUGGAGCCAUGUAUGUGCUAUUUCUUUAAAUGUCUUGGCAGGAAAUUGCCCUAAGGUAUUAUUCAAGGAAAAGAAUCAGCAGCAAAGAUAGACCCAUCUCUAUAGGGAUGUUCAUUUUUAAAGUCCCAGUGUCUUCCAAGGGAAUCUUCUCAUUGCCUGAACCCAGAGGUGGGGGCUGGGGAGUCUGUUCCCGCGUAGGCAGCGCUGGACUUUUUUCUCUGGCGCGGAGCGGAGUCAGCAAAUCCCUCAGCUGCUGCUGUGUCCCCUGGCCUCAGCUUCCCAGCGUGUUUCCUUUCUGAUUUGAAAGACAUGUGACUGAGUCAAGUGUCUUCACAGAUAUCCUAGAGCAGCUUUCCCGCUCUGUACCCUCAGCAGAUAAGCCACAGAAAACAAGUUCUGACAGCCAGGGGCGGAUUUUCCGUUUUCAGCUUAAAACCAGUGCAUGGUUGUUGCAAAGUGUCUUGAAGCUGUAAAGGAUCUGUGGGGUUCUGAGGCUUGAGGGGAGGCAGAACAGAGAGAGGGCGGGUGUCAGUGACCCUCUACCAUCCCCUCCAAGAGCGCCCAUUUCCUUUUUUACCCACUAGCCUCCCCGCCAGACCUCCCCUAGGCAGUGUGUGCGGCCUUGGGAUGGUACACACACACUUCCUUUCUUUCCCUUCUAUUCUACCUGCUCCCGUCCUCUUCUUGUCACCUCUUAACUCAAGCAGUGUACAAAAGCAAGGCCAAGCUUUCCUGGAGUGCUUGGGACCAAAGAACGUGGUGAUCAUUCCACGUGUGUGGCAGAGGCCAGAGAAUGCAGCAUGUGUUGAACAGGAGUGGGUGCAGAGGGUGCGCGUUCUAGACUAAUGGCCUUGACACAACUCCCUGAACUGGGCUAGGUUUCCAACUGCUUCUUGACUCCUGUGGGGGAUAGAUAGGAUGUGUACCACCAGCAUGAACUCUAAGAGAGGCCCAUGUCUCAGAAUGCACUGAUCUGUGGAAGGUAGACACAUCUCUCCAUGCAUACAGAGGGUCUUACUUGGUGCAGAAGGCUGGAUGCUUUCCAUUCGGAAGUAAAUGCUGAGAUUGCAGAGGCUGCCCCUUCUCUGCCUACCCUACCACAUUUGUGUUUCCUUUAAAGGCAAGAGUGCCCAGAUUUCGGAGGAGGAAAAAGCAGCCCUCAGCCCUCUGUUCAGACAGGGUUGAAUACCAAGCUAGCGGCUUCCCCUAGAAGCAGGGGUGCAGAGUCCUAAGCAGUUUUCAGGUGCCUGGAGAACAACAGGCCGAGCCUGCUCCCAGGGGCCAAAGUUAUGCAUUGUCUCCCAUGGCAGAGACCCAGUCCAUAUCACAUUGAAUCCCGUGGGUUUGCAGGUCAGCAUUGCCCAUAAGCCCGAGGGAAGGAAAGACUUAGCAAGCUCAACCUCAUGUCGGUACACAAAGGGUCUUUUUCUGCAUUUGUAUUGACUCAGAACCGGACUCACAGUGCCAGGAAUCCACUGUUUUCUAUAGAUAUUGUUCCUUCAGGAAGAACGUACAGAAAAUUGGCUAUUUUAUUAUGUGCAAACACAAACAAAAAUGUUUGAAGUUACAGAGUGUUACCCCUCUCACACCCAAGCAGGCGUCCAAGAAGGGAACCCCUCCCUUGCCUGUGACAUUCCCCAGGCCUGCCUAGCUAGAACAGGACAGAUUAAUGACUUAAUCUCAUUUCCACUGCUGUUAUACAUUUAUUGUACCGAAUCUAUGUCCUAAAUCAAAUGGGAGAAAAAAGAAACGUUCUUUCUUGAGAUGUGCUUUUUCACAGCAUCCCAAAUGUGGCUGUGUUCCCUUGCCCUGACCCAGGAUCAUAUUGAACAGAUUAUAGAUCCUUCACUAAUGUCUAGAUACUGUAAAUAAAGUCCUGGAAGGGCUUUUUCUUUCAGGUGAACCUCCAUUUCCCACAUGCUAAACGUCCAACCCACUCUCCUUUGCAAUGCGAUCUUGGCAGUGGGUCUGUCCUUGGUUUUAGCGUUCGGGUGUUUUGUUUUGUCUUGUCUUAUUUCUUUUCUGUUUUCACCGCUCUGUAAGACCUCCUGCUGUGAAUGUUCCCGUUACCCUAAUUGUACUGUAUAUACGUGCUGCAUGUGUGAACCCCAAUAAAUUCUGUUUCAGCUUUCUGGAGUUUUCAUCUGAA